CGGCAUAGACCCAAUGCACAGUUUUGGUCCAGCAUAGUGUCUGAACAGACCCAGUCCAUUGGCAACCUUACCAACAGGGCCAUAAACAAUAUUAAGCCAACCGCCAUAUUUUUAUGUUUCUUUUUGUUUUCAUCAUAUUUUGCAUGCCGAUUUGGCUCCACUGUUUUAGGGCUCCGUCUCUCUCUCUUGAUCGUCUAGGGUUUUUCUAUCUCCAACCAGGAAUUCUAGAGUGUUUUUCAUUCGUUUGGCUUCCUAAGUUCAGUUCCUGCGUGCAACAAUAUCAUGGAUUUAAGUUUCAGUAGCCUGAAAAAAGUUAUCAUGACUUCAUCAACGGGUCAUUGACUGCAAUUGAAGAGCCAGUAGUUAAAAAAAAAUGUUGAUUCAGUUACCUCGGUUAACAACCUCACUGAGGGAACCCAUUGAUGUGGAUCAUGCCUAUCUGCAACGCAAGUUUAUCCUUCAGAAGCUCCAAUCACAGAGAUCUAAUAAUUCAUUGUCUGACUCGGCACUUGCGCGCAUGAUAAUUCCCCACUGGAAUGAAGCCUCAAUUGAUCUACAACAGGUGUAUAGAGAGUUUCUUGGGUCUGUGCUAGAGUUGAUAGACGGCGAGGUGACAUCAGAGGAAGUCCAAAUGGUAGCAAAAACUGUUUAUGACAUUUUUUGUGCUUUAGGAGUGGAUUCAGGUUGGAGUAAAACAAUCACUAGCAAGAAAAGAGAGCUGCAAGCACUUCUGGGACAUACAGCCUCUGAUGCUAGCUUGCAGAAAGCUGCCUCCCUAGCUCAUAAGGUCUGGUCUUUGCAGUCAAUAGAACAUGGGGAUGCACCUGGCAAAGUUGAUGAAGUUGAUGAAUCUUCAUGUGAAUUUGGCAUCAACCUUGUUUUCAAAGCACCAGGCCGGUUUUUGGUGGGAGAUGUUUCUCAUGAUAUUGAGGAAGGUUCCUUUGAUGAAAACUUUGGAGGUUAUGGUAUACUGCCAGAGAAGCCACAUGAUUUUGAUAUAUCUGUUGAUGGUGCUGGCAAAGGAAAUGCAAGUUUAAGAUGGCUGAAAGAUAUAUGUGAUCAGAUAGUCAAGGGAGGUGGUUCACAGCUUUCUGGAGAUGAAUUAGCCAUGGCCAUUUGUCGAGUGCUCGAAUCAGAUAAACCUGGUGAUGAGAUUGCCGGUGACUUGUUAGACCUCGUCGGAGACAGUUCGUUUGACAUGAUCGAAGAACUCUUAUCUAAUCGAAAGAAAUUGGUAGAUGCUAUUCGUCAUGGGUUUUUAAAUCUGAGGACUGAGAAAGUGGCCUCAACUACUCAACCACGGAUGCCUAGCUACGGAACUCAGGUCACUAUUAAAAUGGAAUCUGAACGUCAAAUUGAUAAGCUUCGACGCAAGGAAGAAAAGCGAUAUAAACGAGGAGCAGACCGUGGGGUUGAUAAUGAAUUUUCAACAGUAUUGAACUUUUCAUCUUUGCUCCUUGCAAGUGAAAAGAAACAGCCUUGUGAUGAUCUGUUUGGGAAAGGUCAGGAUUCAUCUUAUGCUACUGCUCUUCCUCAAGGAACUGUGAGGAAUUCCUAUAGGGGAUAUGAAGAAGUCAGAAUUCCUCCAACAUCAACAUCACCAAUGAAACCUGGGGAGAAACUGAUUGAAAUAUCAGAGUUAGAUGAUUUUUCUCAAGCUGCUUUUUGUGGUUACAAAAGUUUAAACCGUAUACAAAGCUGGAUCUUUCGCACUGCAUAUUACACUAACGAAAAUAUCCUGGUCUGUGCCCCAACUGGUGCUGGCAAGACAAAUAUUGCAAUGAUUACUAUCCUGCAUGAGAUUGGGCAGCAUUUUAAGAAUGGUAUUCUGCUAAGGGAUGAAUUCAAAGUUGUCUAUGUUGCUCCUAUGAAGGCCUUAGCAGCUGAGGUAGCGUCUACAUUUAGUCAUCGUUUGGCACCCUUGAAUUUGAAUGUCAGAGAGCUUACAGGAGAUAUGCAGCUUACAAAGAAUGAACUUGAGCAAACGCAGAUGAUAGUGACAACACCUGAGAAGUGGGAUGUGAUUACCCGCAAGAGCAAUGAUAUGUCGCUAUCAGUGCUUGUGAAGCUCUUAAUAAUUGAUGAAGUGCAUCUGCUAAAUGAUGAUAGAGGUCCUGUAAUUGAAGCUUUAGUUGCACGGACUCUUCGCCAGGUGGAGUCAACACAAACCAUGAUACGGAUUGUGGGUCUCUCGGCCACACUGCCUAAUUAUUUGGAGGUGGCGCAAUUUUUGAGGGUGUCUGAGAAGGGGUUAUUCUUCUUUGAUUCUAGUUACCGUCCUGUUCCCCUUGCUCAGCAAUAUAUUGGCAUAACUGAGAAGAACUUUGCUGCUCGUAAUGAUCUUCUGAAUGAAAUCUGCUAUAAUAAGGUUGUAGAUUCAUUGAAGCAUGGAUAUCAGGCUAUGGUCUUUGUUCACUCGCGAAAAGAUACAGGGAAAACAGCAAGGAAUCUGAUUGAGCUUGCUCGCAGAAAUGAGGAUCUAGAGUUAUUUCAGAAUGACAACCAUCCACAAUACUCCUUAAUAAAAAGAGAGGUUCAUAAAUCAAGGAACCGGGAACUCGUAGAAGUGUUUGAAUCUGGCUUUGGGAUUCACCAUGCUGGCAUGUUACGUGCGGAUAGAAGCUUGACUGAGCGUCUUUUCUCUGAUGGCCUCCUUAAAGUUUUAGUGUGCACCGCAACUCUGGCAUGGGGAGUAAAUCUACCAGCUCACACUGUGGUGAUAAAGGGCACACAACUGUAUGAUCCGAAGGCUGGGGGUUGGAGAGAAUUGGGAAUGCUUGAUGUUAUGCAGAUAUUUGGACGUGCUGGUAGGCCGCAAUUCGACAAAUGUGGGGAAGGCAUUAUCAUUACAACUCAUGACAAAUUGGCUCACUACUUACGACUGCUUACCAAUCAGCUUCCUAUUGAAAGCCAGUUUGUGAAUUCAUUGAAAGAUAACUUGAACGCUGAAGUGGCUUUGGGUACUGUAACAAAUGUAAAGGAAGCUUGUGCUUGGUUGGGAUAUACAUAUCUUUUCAUUAGGAUGAAAUCAAAUCCUCUUGCAUAUGGAAUAGGAUGGGAUGAGGUAUUAAGCGAUCCAUCAUUGGUCUCCAAGCAAAGAAAUUUUGUAACAGAUGCUGCCCGUGCACUCGAUAAAGCCAAAAUGAUGAGAUUUGAUGAGAAAAGUGGAAACUUCUAUUGUACAGAGCUUGGGCGCAUAGCUAGUCACUUUUACCUUCAAUAUUCUACUGUUGAAACUUAUAAUGAUAUGCUAAGGCGCCAUAUGAAUGAGAGUGAGGUAAUCACCAUGGUGGCCCAUUCAUCCGAGUUCGAGAAUAUUGUUGUUAGGGAAGAAGAGCAAAAUGAGUUGGAAAACUUGGCCCAAAUAUGUCCUUUGGAAGUUCGUGGUGGCCCAGGUGAUAAAUAUGGGAAGAUUUCCAUUCUUAUUCAGUUAUACAUAUCACAUGGAUCAUUGGAAAGCUUUUCUUUAAUUGCUGAUGCUGCAUACAUCAGUGCGAGCCUGGCGCGCAUCAUGCGUGCUUUGUUUGAAAUUUGUUUAAGACAAGGAUGGUGUGAAAUGACAUCUCUCAUGUUGGAAUAUAGCAAGGCUGUUGAUCACCAAAUUUGGCCUCAUCAGCAUCCUCUACGUCAAUUUGACAAGGAUCUUUCACCUGAAAUAUUGAGAAAACUUGAAGAAAGAGGAGCGGACCUGGACCGCCUUGUUGACAUGGAGGAGAGGGAAAUUGGUGCUUUGCUUCGUUAUGGUCCAGCUGGAAAGAUUAUCAAGCAGUGUCUCUGUUUUUUUCCCUGGAUUCAGUUGUCUGCUAGUGUGAGCCCAAUCACAAGAACUGUUCUCAAGGUCGAUCUGCUUAUUACCCCGGACUUCAUUUGGAAGGAUCGAUUUCAUGGUGCCUCUCAGCGUUGGUGGAUCCUUGUUGAGGAUUCUGAGAAUGACACUUUCUAUCAUUCAGAGCUCUUCACUCUAACCAAGAAGAUGGGAAAGGGAGGAGCUCAAAAGCUUUCUUUUACUGUACCAAUUUUUGAACCACAUCCUCCCCAGUAUUAUAUCCGAGCCAUUUCUGACACUUGGCUGCAUGCAGAGACUUUCCACAUUUUGUCUUUCCAAAACCUUACCUUGCCUGAUAUGAAGACAACACACACUGAACUUCUUGAUUUGAAACCUCUUCCAAUAUCAGCACUGGGCAAUAGAACUUAUGGGGGUUUAUACAAUUUUUCACACUUCAACCCCAUUCAGACACAGACUUUCCAUGUAUUAUACCACACGGACAACAAUGUUCUUUUAGGCGCUCCAACUGGAAGUGGGAAGACUAUUUCAGCCGAACUUGCAAUGCUCCAUCUCUUCAAUACCCAGCCUGAUAUGAAGGUGAUCUACAUUGCUCCCCUGAAGGCAAUUGUGCGAGAAAGGAUGAAUGAUUGGCGAAAGCGGCUAGUGUCUGUCUUAGGAAAGAAGAUGGUUGAGUUGACAGGGGAUUUUACUCCGGAUCUUAUGGUGCUACUCUCAGCAGAUGUGAUAAUCUCCACUCCUGAAAAAUGGGAUGGAAUUAGUCGUAACUGGCAUGGGCGAAGUUAUGUUAUGAAGGUGGGCCUCAUGAUACUUGAUGAAAUCCACUUACUUGGAGCAGACCGGGGGCCUAUUCUUGAGGUAAUUGUUUCCAGGAUGAGAUACAUAUCCUCACAAACGGACCGCAGCAUACGUUUUGUAGGACUUUCAACGGCUUUAGCAAAUGCUCACGACUUGGCCAACUGGUUGGGUGUUGACGACAUUGGAUUCUUUAAUUUCAAACCCAGUGUGAGGCCUGUACCUCUUGAAGUUCACAUUCAGGGAUACCCGGGGAAGUUUUACUGCCCUCGAAUGAACAGCAUGAACAAACCUGCAUAUGCUGCCAUAUGCACCCAUUCACCCACGAAACCAGUUCUUAUCUUUGUUUCAUCUCGCCGCCAAACAAGACUAACAGCUCUUGACCUCAUUCAGUUUGCAGCUUCAGAUGAACGUGCGAGGCAAUUUCUCAGUAUUCCUGAAGAUUCCUUGGAAAUGCUACUCUCUCAAGUCACUGAUCUCAAUCUGAGGCAUACAUUGCAGUUUGGCAUUGGCUUGCAUCAUGCUGGGUUAAAUGACAGAGACAGGUCUUUGGUGGAAGAACUGUUUGUGAACAAUAAAAUUCAGGUCCUGGUUUGCACAAGCACAUUGGCAUGGGGUGUUAACCUUCCUGCUCAUCUCGUUGUAAUUAAGGGCACUGAAUAUUAUGAUGGGAGAACAAAAAGAUAUGUUGAUUUCCCUAUUACAGAUAUUUUGCAAAUGAUGGGCCGGGCUGGUCGUCCCCAAUAUGACCAACAUGGAAAAGCAGUCGUUCUCGUUCAUGAACCCAAGAAAAGCUUUUACAAAAAGUUUUUAUAUGAGCCCUUCCCAGUCGAAAGUAGUUUGAGAGAACAAUUGCAUGAUCAUAUCAAUGCAGAGAUUGUUUCAGGGACAGUUCGUAAUAAAGAGGAUGCAGUGCAUUAUCUCACAUGGACUUACCUAUUUCGGAGAUUAGUUGUCAAUCCUACUUACUAUGGUUUGGACGAUACUGAAAGUGGAACUGUGAACUCAUAUUUGUCUAAGUUGGUCCAGAAUACAUUGGAAGAUUUAGAAGACAGUGGCUGCAUUAAGAUAGAUGAUAACAGUGUUGAGCCUUCGAUGUUGGGGUCCAUUGCAUCUCAGUAUUACCUAAGCUAUAUGACAGUUUCAAUGUUUAGAUCUAACAUCAGCCGAGAUACUUCACUGGAGGUUUUUCUGCACAUUCUUUCUGGUGCUUCUGAGUACGAUGAGCUUCCUGUGAGACAUAAUGAGGAACAUUACAAUGAGGAUUUAUCAGAGAAGGUUCCUUAUCUUAUUGAUAAGUACCAGCUUGAUGAUCCACAUGUGAAAGCAAAUUUACUCUUUCAGGCACACUUUUCACGGCUACAAUUGCCAAUCAGUGACUAUACCACAGACUUGAAGUCACUAAUGGAUCAAAGUAUACGAAUUAUCCAAGCCAUGAUUGACAUUUGUGCCAAUAGUGGAUGGCUUUCAAGUGCAAUUACUUGUAUGCAUCUUCUGCAAAUGGUCAUGCAGACUGCUACCUUGGAUUCGAGCAAGAGCACUCUCUUCAAGGGCUUACCUAAUUCAAAAGAAUGGUAUCAGCAGCAGGAUUCUUCUUCAAGGUCAGAAAUUGUAACCGUUAGAGCUCAUUUCAAGGACACUCACUCAAGACGAGGAUUACUGGGCACAAAAGUUGGCCUAACUGAAAGCUGGGAAACCGAAUGGCGGCAACGUUGCAAAUCCUCAGAGAACCAAUUAAACAAUGCUGCAGAAAAAUCAGAGAGGAGAAAUCGGAGAAACCCCGUGUCCUAG